AUGCAAGGAAAGCCACGAACCCGGUCGUCCGGCCAUCAAUCGCGGCAACUGUCUACCAAGGUUUCUCAAACGUCUUGUGCAGACUUGCCUUACGAACCUUUGGCGGAAGGUCAGAUACGGUUGCUCAAGUUCACAGAUGACGACCGCUCUGACGGCGAAACUCUGCAGUUCGAGCUCUUCCACGCGAAACUGAGCCAGAGACCUGACUAUGUGGCUUUGUCGUACUCCUGGGGGCAGGAUGCUGCCCAUGGGAGAGUAAGCAUACUGGUGAGCAACCAAAGGUACGAAGUCUCCCAAAAUCUUGCAGACGCGCUCCGCAAGCUGAAGUCAAACAACAUUUCCACCGUCUGGGUUGACGCCAUCUGCAUUAAUCAACGAGACACCAUCGAGAAAGGUCGAGAAAUAGUCAGGAUGUUCGCGAUUUACAGAAUGGCAAAAUUGGUGGUCAUUUGGCUUGGAGCUGAUACCGUGCCAGAAGAAGAUAUCCGAGAACUUCAGAGGGCGACAUCCGAUCUAGAAAAACCGGUCAAUAAACAGCAUCGAAAGGGCAACCUAGACUCCAAUCUGGAAGCCCUUGAACGACUGGUGUCGCAGAGAUAUUGGCAUCGAGUAUGGAUUAUCCAGGAGGUCGCUGCAGCAAAAAGGGCACAGAUAUUCUGGGGCUCCUACAUUUUUGACUUUCGAAAACUGGAAAUACUCCUGCUCGAGAAAUAUCGUUCAAACGACAGAGACGAAGACCCUCCUGGGCUUGCUCAGAAAGUUGUAUCUGUUCGGGCUGCCUGCCGCGCACAGCAGAAGCCGCGGUUGAUGGAUAUUCUGGCAAUGACGAGCAUGUCCGAAACGAGCGUCUUGAGAGACAAGGUCUAUGGACUUCUGGGUCUCGCGUCAGAUUGGGCCGAUUUCGUCCAAGAGCCCAACUACUCACAAGCUGUGUCAGAGAACGAGCUUUGCUUGGAGAUGACGUCCAAUCAUAUCAAUUGGUACAACUCUGCGGAUAUCAUAUUCCUCAGGAGUGUGGAUCCCCAACAGACAGAGCUGCCUUCCUGGUGUCCAGACUAUUUCCACUUCCGACCGCACCAAUUCGACAGGAAUCUGAUCCCAUACAUAUGCGGCAGAGAUGUCAAUUUGGGAUGGGAAAGGAGGAGAGUCUUUGGCCAAGAAUCCCCAAACAUGAACGAAGUCAUACCAGACACUUUUCAGGUUACCGGGAACAUACUCAGACUCAAAGGGAGGUGUAUUGGCCGAAUCUCAGCUUUGGGCGCUUUGGUGGACGAGGAUACUCCGGCUUCUAGAUUCAGCGGCCGCUUUUCUAAGUUAGAUAUCACGGAUCCUGACAUUGGCAGAACAUUCCGGCGGCUGCUGCUAAUCUGCCACAACCAGACUUUUGGCAUUCAACCGUCGUCGGCAUUCUUCUCGCUUCUCUUCUCGCUACCCGACCACGUCUUUCAGGACAGAGGCUGCCUACAGGUCAAACAAUGGUUGGAACGCCACAAGGACCUCCUGGCAAGAUUCGAGGUGCAAUUGUCGCCGAGCUCGGACGAGUACGCCUUCAUUUCCCGCCGAGCCGGCCGAGCCGGCGGCGGCGGCGGCGGCCUCAGUGCAGCAUCCAAGGUCUUGCCCGAGUGGAGAGAGUUCUUCAGCUUGAGCGAGGACAACACCAUCAGCCGGCGCGGUGAGCACCCUAUCUACUCCAUGCUCCAGUCCAUCUCAUCCAUUCUCGACGAACACUUGCGACUUAUGUUCAUCCAGGACCAAGCCCUUCUUGGCUGGGCACACCGCGAUGCGGAGCUCGAGGACACCGUCUGGCAUCUCGAAGGCUGUACUCUUCAAGCCGUGCUCCGGAAAUCGACACAGCUGUCCCAGGAACAUGGCGAAGAUAUCUACAAGCUCGUGGGGCAUGCGUAUGUCGAUCCCGUCCUGGCGAGUGGUCGCUGGAUGGCGAAAGAGACCAGGAGCAGAGCGGUGAAUCUAUGCUGA